AUUUCAGGUCAUUUCUUCCGCAUUGCACUACAUGAAACGAAUACGAGCUGCUGUGAAAGUUUUUUUUUUUGAUACAUUUGUUUACAUACACAAAUUUUGUUCUUAGUUGUAAGGCCACGUGAGAAAUAAACAAGCCGAGUGAAAGCAAAUACGAUUUGAAAAGAAAAAACGUCAAUUUCCGGUCGAGGGUUACACCGGAGCACAAGACAGUCGGUGAUGCACAAUGUAUUCGUACUUUAGUAAUCGCACAAUGGUCGCUACACUUUUGAUUUGCAUCUUUUUACUCUACAUUUCCUUCACAUUUAACUCCUGUUUGAUUCCGACCAUUCGACGCUCACUGCAGCGGAACUCUCAUACAGUAACCGAAGAGUCAAAGCGGACAACGUCAAGCAAUUUCACUGAAGUGCUUGAGAUUCAGUUGGUCGAUACGAUUGUGCAGAAUGUUCCGUUGACAGGUGUGAGUGAAGUAGAUUUCACGCCAAAAUACCGUUUGCUUAGCGAACAAGGUGAACAGUUGAAUCGACAUUUGCCCCAGGUGUUGAUAAUUGGCGUGAAGAAAAGUGGCACGCGAGCAUUGCUCGAGUUCAUACGACUACAUCCCGAUGUUCGUGCUGCCGGCUGUGAGGUCCACUUUUUUGAUCGACACUAUAAUCGUGGACUACACUGGUAUCGUAACCACAUGCCACCGACCAUUGACGGCCAAAUUACAAUGGAAAAAACACCAUCAUAUUUCAUCACCAAAGAUGUUCCGUUUCGCGUUCAUCACAUGAAUCCAAGCACAAAGUGUUUCUGUUUCACGUUUCAUUUCAGGCUGUUGGUGGUCGUGCGAGAUCCAGUCACAAGAGCCAUCAGCGACUACACUCAAGCUGCAAGCAAACGAAAAGAAAUGAAAAGCUUCGAAGACUUGGCAUUUUUAAAUCAAACCACCGGUACCGUCGAUACCACAUGGGGUCCGAUCAAAAUUGGUCUGUAUGCCAGAUACUUGGAACGAUGGCUACAAUACUUCAGCUUAUCACAAUUUUUAUUUGUCAGCGGUGAACGUUUAAUCGUUGACCCAGCGUUUGAAAUCGGUCGUGUACAAGAUUUUCUCGGUUUAAAGCGUAUUAUAACCGAGAAAUACUUUUAUUUCAAUUCAUCAAAGGGUUUUCCAUGUUUGAUCAAAUCGGAGGCACGGUCGUCGCCGCAUUGCCUUGGCAAAAGUAAAGGUCGUAAUCAUCCAUCCAUUAGCCCAAUUGCUUAUGUGCAACUGAAAGCAUUUUAUCGCCCGUACAACAUGAAGUUCUAUCAAAUGACUGGCAUUGACUUUGGAUGGACAUAAAUUGCACAAUUCUUAUUUUUUUAUUUUUUUCUUUAAAUAUUAAGCGUGUGUGAACAUUUAUAAUCAAAAUACCUAGGUGAUAUAGUUGUUUAAAGCGUUUUUCGUUCGAUUGGAGAAUUUUAUUUAGCGAAUAGAUCUAGAGAAAGAGGGAGAAAGAAAAUUUGUCAUGAAAUUAGAGUGCCUCAAUGGAUGCACAACGCAAAUUUUAUAGCGGAUUGAAUUCAGUCCGCAAAUAACGAUAAGCAGACGAAGAAGAAGAAAAAAAUCAUGCGAAACGUAAAUUAAAAAAAAAAUUAGCCGUCCCAUAGAAGAAGAAAGGUCGUUUCAAAGGUUCAAAUUCAUUGUUUGAACGGUUUUUAAACUAAAAAAAUUGGUGCAUUUUUUUAUAACAUACAAUUUUAUUAUUUCGAUGAAUUUUCAUCGGGAUUUCUUUUUUACAUGCAUAUAUCUUCCGUUUUAAAUGGAAU